GGAAACGCCGGUGAGCUGAUGUUGUCUACUCACAGUCUGUUCCUGUCCUCCCGAGGAACCUGUGACUAGCACUCUGGCUGAGGCUGUAUCUGUGUGAUUACUUCACAAACAUAGCUAAAUAUACAUACACACUAACGGAACGAGAUGAUAGGAGGACGUGGAGGACAGAAGUUACACCAAGGCGAAGAGAAGAUGCUUCUUGGAACAUAGCACAGGGACUUAUUUCUCUCUUUUUAGCUUUUUCUGCUGCUAGGAAAAAUCCAGCUGCCUUUCAGAUGACCAGACAAGAGACUUAAUAGAGCCAGUUUUAUCUUCUGGAGCCUGAAGAGCUUUUAAUGAGAGACCAGUCAUCGUGCUGAUAAACAGAAGUUGUUCCUUGCAGAUCAGCUCAGCCUGCGUGGAGGGACUGAGCUGCUGCUGAAGUUGCCAGUGUGGCCAUGGGACAGGCCAGGGUUUAGAAGAAGUUAGAAUUCCACCUUGUCUUCACUUCCACCUCUUAAGAGUAUGUUGAAGGCUUUGGCUGGGAUUUGUUUCCUUCAUCUCACUACAAUCUUCUUCCUUUUCUGGGCCACUAUCGAUGAUGCCUGGUGGUUUACAAGGACCCUGUACACAGACCUGUGGGGGAGGUGGGUGAUGGAGAAUAAUGAUGAUGUCUGGGUAUACACGGACAUACCCACGUCUUAUCGAAAAGAUUACCUGCAGGCAGUGCAGGCCUUUGCAGUGUUGGCCUGCCUCUUUGCAGUCUUCUCCUUGUGUAUGUUCAUAUUCCAACUCUUUACAGUGGGGAAAGGACAGAGGUUCACCCUCACAGGUGUCCUGCAGCUGAUCUCAUGCUUCUGUAUCAUGGUAGCCCUGUCAGUCUACACGGACCACUUCCACAGAGGUGAGAAGGAUGGCUGGUACGGCUGGUCGUACAUCAUGGCCUGGUUUGGCUGGCUGCUAACCCUGCUCACUGGUGUCAUCUACAUCAUCCUGCGCAAGAGGGUGGAUUAAAUCACAAUCACUGGAUUAAGCCAUGACACGGAUUAUAGAAACUACUUUGUCUAAUAAUGCUAACAUUGUUAAUAAUGGAUGAAAGCUAGUAAGAGCUAGUUAGCAAACAAAAUCAGGUUGGCAAAUUCCUAUUAGCUUUCAUUUGUUGUUAGCCACAUUAGCCUUUUGGAUUAAGUGUUCCUUUUGGAGAAGUCCAAUUGCCAGAUUAGGUUUAAAAGAGGGCAAAUAUUAAGACUAGUCCACACCAAAAUGCUGUUAGUAGCUAUACUCAGCUGAAAAUCCUGUUUAGGCCAACCAUGAGGCCAAGUCUGUGUCUAGUAAACUGGACCUUGGUGUGCUUGUGUCAGAUGUAUUUCUGUCUCUGUGGAUUUGCUGAUCCUCAGAUCACCAAUACAUCAAAACGUCAUAGUGAGUAGGCUACUAAAUCGCCUACAUGCGCUGGACAAAAGAAAUAAAUGCAACAAUUUAGCCAUUUUGCCAAAGCUUAAUCAAAAAAAAAGUGUCAGCUGUUACAAGCAAAUGAUGGACUCACCAGAUACUAAUGUGGGAAUUCCCAACCAACCCUGUUUUUGCAGGGUUUCAGUAAAAACUGUUGCGUUUAUAUUUUUGUUCAGUGUGCACAGAUCAUUAUAGAGUCUUUUCUUUGUGACUGAAAACCACCAAGCACUUCCACAGAGGGCUCAUGUGGCAUAUUGUAAAAAGUUAAGGUUGUUACAUUUGAAGUGAAAUAUAAUUUAAAUGAGUUAUCUUUCAAAGAUGACAGGUCAUGGAAAUUAUGAAUCGUGGAUACUUACAGCACAAUCUUUUUCCUCAGCAAAACAGCUAGUUAAUCAGUUACUAAGUUAAUUAAGCAUUCAACAGCAUUAAAAGAUUUUACUGCACUAAGUAUAAAGAACAAAUAACUUAUUUCCUUUGAACAAAACAAAUCAAAGGACAAAGUUGCCCAAAAAGUGAUUAGAAAUUAAAGGGAUUCUCCACCCACAAAUGCUAACAUGGCUAAUGAGAAAUGAAAGUCAGAGGAAAUGAUUUUGAUGUGCAUUAGGUUAACUGGAGCUUGCCAGUUUCCAUGUAUUAUCAAAGUCCUUUAAUAAGAAGAGUAAGACAAGAAAGUAGGAAUAUAAGAAGGUUAUGCAAAACAAGGUGAAAAGAAAAUGUAUCUAAUAUGUGUAUAGAAAGAUUAACUGUAAAUAUAUAUAAAACAUAUAUAGACAUUAUAAGAAUGUAGUUUUGAAAGAAUACCUAAAGAUAUGCAUACAAGAGUAUUUGUUUGUAGAGCCACCAAUAAUUUCUAUCGAAACGUCACAGCACACUGUGUUUUAUUUUUGCAUUGGUCUUUUUCUUUGCUCACUUUUACAAUAUUUCAGUGGUUUCGACUUAGGUGUACUUCUGUUUAUGUUAUGCCAUGUCGGAUUUUUUUUUUUUCUAUAGAGAUUUAUCACAUAUGGGCUCAGGGCCAAUACAAGUUUAAGAGUAAUGGUUUAUGUUAUCUAUUUUACAGUCUGGUGCUGCAACAACUUUCUGUAUGUUUUAAACUCCAAUGUUAGUGGUAAACACAGUACAGAAAGAUCGUUUUAAAUCUAAAGGCUUUCUAACACCUUAUUGUAAACUAUACACUUUACCAUAUCAUGGAAAAAAAGAAGCUCGUCACCCUAGAUAACUAUGAUAUUGGUUAUGAUAUAGUUUUCAUUGGUGCGGUCCUGCGAUCACUGUACCUGUUGUAAAGAGCACUGUUGUGAAAGCUCAUGAAAUGUUCACAUGGUCCUGUGAUUACACGGAGCACCCUAGAACCUGGAUUUUGAAUCUAGAAAGCCACUAGAAAGAUGAAGGAAUGAUCAAGAGAGAUUGUAGUUUUGCCAUUUUGAUUUGAUCUAAUAUAUCAUUGCUGUCAGAAACUUGUAUCUCCAAGAUGAUAACAUUACAGCAGAAAGUAAAAAAUAUCCUUUAAUGUAAUGUACAUUAAAUCAACUAAGAUUUAGGGGUGGGAAAACAUAUGAUACUUAAAGACAUUUUCUCGAUAGGCAGUAUUCAGUGUAAAAUAAUCAGUAGUGCAACAUUUAAAAAAAAAUAUUAUCAAAAACUAUG